CUGGAACAGAGUCUGCAUUGGGAACAACAUGACACGGACGCACUUUUGCUGUCAUUAACGGGGACAAAUCAGACCACCGUAGCGGCAAUCCGAUCAAUAGCCUAUGGAUAGGCUCAUAUAUAAGGCUAAUCAUCACGCAUGCAUAUGCUUGCUUAACCUGUUUGGGAGAGUAUGCUGUGGGACGAUGAACAAACUGCUGACAAGUCAUAUUAUGUUCAUUGGGAAGAUCUGUGGGAGUUCAUGGAUCUAUUUUUGAGCUCCUCAAAAGAUUUUUACAUUGAAAUUAUGAUAUGUGUUUUGCAAGAUGACUGCUACAGUCAGCAUAGCGUCAGGCAAACCAGAUCAACUAGUUGCUCUGAUUCCUGUGUAAGCACUCUCGGUUUGGUGUGGAAUUAUGGGGUGACUGCUCAUUCGACUCGAUGAAAAAGCCAUGGAUGUGAACUACUCCACGGUCCUGGACAGCAGUGUGUCACAGCGCGAUUCGUCGAAGCGAGUUCUGACUGGUUGUUUCCUCUCGCUCCUCAUCCUGACCACGCUACUGGGCAACACUUUGGUCUGCGCUGCUGUUACAAAGUUCCGCCACCUGCGCUCAAAAGUCACCAACUUCUUUGUUAUAUCGCUUGCUAUUUCUGACUUGCUGGUGGCCAUUUUGGUGAUGCCAUGGAAAGCGGCCACCGAGAUUGUAGGGUUUUGGCCGUUUGGCGCCUUCUGCGAUGUCUGGGUGGCCUUUGACAUCAUGUGUUCCACCGCCUCCAUCUUGAAUCUGUGCGUCAUCAGUGUGGACCGCUACUGGGCCAUUUCUAGCCCAUUCCGCUACGAGCGCAAGAUGACGCCCAAGGUGGCGUUCAUCAUGAUAAGUGUGGCGUGGACACUGUCCAUCCUUAUCUCCUUCAUCCCCGUGCAGCUAAACUGGCACAAAGCCCAGGUGACCAGUUACACGGAGCUGAACGGCACCUACGGCGAGCUUCCCCCAGACAACUGCGACUCCAGCCUUAAUCGGACAUAUGCCAUCUCUUCUUCCCUGAUCAGUUUUUACAUUCCUGUGGCCAUUAUGUUGGUCACUUACACCCGCAUCUACCGCAUUGCCCAGAAGCAGAUACGCCGGAUCUCGGCACUCGAAAGAGCGGCUGAAAGCGCCAAGAACCGCCACAGUAGCAUGGGUAACAAUGCGAGUAUGGAGUCUGAAAGUUCCUUCAAGAUGUCCUUCAAGCGUGAAACCAAAGUCCUCAAGACCCUCUCGGUCAUCAUGGGCGUUUUUGUAUGCUGCUGGCUGCCCUUCUUUGUCUUGAACUGCAUGGUUCCUUUCUGUAACCCGAACGAGAGCUCUGACUUCUUCUGCAUCAGUUCCACCACCUUCGAUGUCUUUGUCUGGUUCGGUUGGGCCAACUCCUCACUCAACCCCAUCAUCUAUGCCUUCAAUGCUGACUUCCGAAAGGCAUUCUCCAUCCUGCUGGGCUGCCAUCGACUCUGCCCCGGCAGCAACACUAUAGAGAUUGUGAGUAUCAACAACAACGGUGGCCCUCCGUCUACUUCUCAGUAUCAGCCUAAGGGCCACAUCCCCAAGGAGGGCAACAACAGCAACUAUGUGAUCCCUCACAGUAUCCUCUGCCAGGAGGAGGAGAACCAGAAGAGAGAGGAUGACUCUGGUAUAAAGACCUUUGAGAAACUGUCGCCUUCCAUGUCAGGCAAUUUGGAUAGCGAUGCGGAUGUCUCGCUAGAAAAGAUAAACCCCAUAACACAAAACGGGCAGCACAAAUCCAUAACCUGCUGAGCAUUGGGUGAGAUCUGACCCCAACAAAGAAUCCUUGUUUCUAUAAUGUACGGAAUCCAAAAAAGCUUCACUGAGGACCUUAAAAACAUUUCUUGGACUAAAUGAAACUUGCAGAAAACAAAAGAAUGUUCCAAUUGAAGGCACUUUAUGGUGGAUAACUAUCUGCAAAAUAUUCGCAGCAUGUAUUACUGAUGUUACCAGGUCAGUUGUGGCAAGACAUACAUGGAAAGUAAUGUGAAUAAACCAUGUAUGCAUAUGUAUACAUGUUAUGCAUUGGUUGUGGUAGAACUGCUGUUGUUAAUAUAAGGACAAGAGUUAGAUCACUAGUAAAAUAUCUUGUAGAUGGGUUUAUUUAAACGGCUUACGAGUAGAGAAAUUCGGUUGCGUCUACUGUCGACAAUAAAAUGUACAUAGUGUUGUUUAUAUUUUUUCACCAUUUAUCAGAGUUGGCUAAGUCAGCAUCUCCUUACGCUGCUAGUUGUGAAAUUGUAUGUGCAAACCACCCCAUAAUUGAGAGCCGUAGCUAUUCUCAUCCUAGUCUUCUAUGUGUGUACUGGUGUGAUGUCAAAAGGAGGAGGAGCAGUGGAUUUUUCUGCUAUGUGAUUUAUCAGCUGUGGAAGUGGCCAUAAUAUUUGGAUGUAAUUUUUAGUAUUUUGAUGUCAAAGACCCCUUCCUUACCCAACCCAACCCUCUUCCUCACCACCAACCCUUCACUUGUCACAGCGGAGGACAGCACAGGGAAAAUACGAUCCCAGUGGUAAUUUCAUCGGUCGCUACCUACACUUCGAUUGUCAUUAUUCUCAUGCUUUAAAAGGGAAUUUUUUUUUAUUUUAAACCCUGUGCACAAGAGAUCUGCCGGGUGUACUUUUAUCCAUCACAGUGUAUUUAAAUGACAGAAGAAGCCUCAUGUGGAUCCUAGUUCUGCUUUUCCUCUAUGAUUCCAUCCAUUCUAAACGUACAAACGUAGUUUCAGGCACCAUGACUGCCUUUAAACAGUUUCUUUUGCCAACUAUGUGGAUGAACUUUGCUCUAGGACAGUGUGAAAAAAUGUAAUUACUGUAACUUGUGCAACGCAUCUGUCCAGCUACCCAGAAAGAUGUUGUCCUUUCUGAAAAACACCAUAAGAAGCACUCUGUAGGUCAUUCUAGAGCCUCAAAGCAUAUCCAGGAUGAAAACCAUCUUGCAUCAUGCAUAUAGUUAUUGUGCAGAAUCCAGCCCUUGAACUGUUGAGUCAGCUGUCAGAUGGGUCGGUGUAUUUAACCAUUUUAAAUUGUUUCUCUCUGGCCAAACAUAAUCUGUGGCGUAUAAACUGCUGUCCUAGUUUUAAUAAUUUGUUGAGCUGUUUUGUUGGGUUAUGCAACUGCCCGUGAUCUAAGUUAAUUCCAGGGCCUACCAUCCAAUGAGCGCUUCCUAUGAACAUCGGGAUUUGACCGAACUGAUACGCUUGAGCUUGUUCUCAGAGUGCAUUAGGGAAAAAAAAAUGCAAGCAAGAUGCAAACCGCAACAAAAUGACUACUGUAAAUCAAUCAAGGUAGCUUUUAGAUCACUUUGCCCCUUUUUAGCUGAUCGUAUAAACCUAUUUAGUUCACACUGACUCUCAUUACUCACAUAGUUCACACUGACUCUAAAGAGAAAGUCUCUCAUAUUUUGCCUUCAGUCAUACCCUGUGCCAAAAUGCUGAGGACAUCAUGAUCAGCAGCCUUUGCCAGCUUCCUUCUCAC